AUGGCAGCUACAGAUCCCAAUUUUCCUGUUGCCGGCCUCGCCCGUGACGGCUGGUCAACCGAGGAGGAAGCCACAGCAACUUGCUUCUGUGGAGCAGUCCAACUCGUUUUCCCCAUCCAAGGCCCCGGCCUCAUCAACCGACACGUCUGCCACUGCAGCGACUGCCGCAAGAUCAGCAGCGGGCUGUACAUGUCCAACAUCACCGUGGCGGACACGCACCUGCGGCACGUGCGGGGGCGCGCCGAGCUCAGGACUUUUGCGCAGUCGACGACGGUGCGUUCCGGUGGCCUCAUGACCAACUACUUCUGCGCCACGUGCGGCACGCUUAUGUACCGCGUCGGCGAGAAGUUCCCGGGCCUGUCCAUCCUGCGCACGGGGACGGUGGACGACUUCUCGUUGGCGGAGACGAAGUUAAGGCCGCAGGUCGAGCAGUUUGUGGAGAAUAGGGCCGCGUGGCAGAGGCCGAUUGAGGGGGUGCCGCAGGUGGUGGGGAUGAGUUCGGCGGCGGAUAUUGAGGGGGCGGUGCUGUGA